CAAAGGUUUUGGUUUCUUGUCUGUGUCCAGGGGGCAGUUGAUUUGGCAGUGAAGUUUUCCUUACUGAGCCGGUCAGGUGCUGAAAAAUAUAAAAACCCGUGGAUAUUUAUUGCUCAAUUUUUGGAGCGGACGUUCAAGGUCUGCCAAACCCACCCCACCCCACCCACCAAACCACACACACAGAAACCACAACACAUUUAUUUAUUUUGCUACACGGCUCCCCACACCCUUACCUACAUGUCCGAGGAUAUCAAAAAAGGAAAGAAGAAACUGUUGGCUGUCGGCGUGCCAGCCACUCUGAACUUGAGAGCCGAGCUCGAACGUGCGCGCAGCGAGAGUAAACAGGGCAGCGGCAGCAAUACUAGCGCCAGUGCAAAUACCAAGAAAAAGGCAAGUUCCCAGUCACUGUUGCAGCUGGACGGGCACAACCGGGGGGUCCACAGCCGUGCCCAGAAGGAUAUUCUGGCUAUGGAGGCUGACCAACCGUCGGAAUCGCAAAUGAAUGCGCGCGUCAAACAGGCGCUCGAGGAAAAGGCCAAGAUAUACGAUAUGCUCACCAGUAAGCGAGGUAUCGGCGCCGCUCAGCUCGAUGAUGAGCGCAUAUCCCAGAUCCUGGACGAGAGCUCCGUUGAUUUUGUUGGUAUGCAGUGCGACAACUUGCAACAUCAUUGGAAAAAGAAGAAGAACCGGGAAAACAGGAGCGAGGAGAUGGGUAUGGAUACGGAAGAUAUGGUGGAGAUUGUCGAUGAGUUUGGGCGCACGCGCAUGGUGCCGCGCAGCAGAGCAAAAGAGUAUAAAGGGGGUUAUGAAUCUGGGUCUGACUCUGGUAGCAAUAGCGAGUCCAGUCUUAGCGACUCAGGCAGGCGCGCAGUGAUAGCUGCUGCGCGCAGAGACCAUGGCUCUGGCCACUACAGUUUAUCUUUGGACCAUGUUGAGCGCGAGGGGCAGCUCCUGGCAUUGCGCCAACUGCAUGAUGAGACCGUGGCUGGCCGCGAGGCUGUGGCUGGCAGCAUUGGUGAGAAGCAGCGGCAGCAGCUGGAGCAGCGGCGCGCUCAACUCCGGACAUCUCGCGCAAGGGCGGCAUUUAACGCGCAGCAAGCGCUGAAAACACAAGCAAAAAAAUAAAUAUAACAAAUGUUACAUCAUCUCCGUUGGUACAGUCAACGUUUUGGUUUUUUUUCGUACUUAUUGUGUGC